AUGCCUCCCAAGCGCCACGCGGCCUCAUCUACCUCCGCAACGCCCUCCACACCCACAACCCCAACACCAAAGCCCCUCUCCUCAGGUCCAGCCACCCUGAAGACGAACGCCUCAGCAGCAGAAAUUGCCCAGCAUGUUUGGCAGCAAUAUGCCACCACGACGCCGCAGCGUACACUCCUUCUAGAUGCCUUCAUGGUGUUCCUUGUUCUUGUUGGUGGUUUGCAGUUCUUGUACUGUGUCUUGGCUGGAAAUUAUCCCUUCAACGCUUUCCUGAGUGGCUUCAGUGCCGCCGUUGGUCAAUUCGUUCUUACCGCAAGUCUUCGCAUGCAAACUAGUGAUUCCGGUGCUACGUCAAAGCCAAGCUCGAAGGGGAAGAACGCGCGAUUCGCAGAUGAGCAGGGUGAGGAGCAGGGGACGGGUUACUCGCAUGAGAGGGCCUUUGCCGAUUACAUCUUUGGAAGCUUGAUUCUACACUUUUUCUGCAUCAACUUUAUUAACUGA